AUGGCUCUCCGGCUCAGGUUACUGCGACCGUUCCAGCGGGCAGAAGAUAGCUGCGUACCAUGUCGCUCAUUCAGUGUAUCUAGCAUUGCGUUCUCUGGUCACAAUAAAUGGUCAACGAUCAAGCACGACAAAGCACGGAACGACAAGGCGAAGAGCAAGGAACGUGCAAUGGUUGGCAAGGAAAUUGCCAGCGCUACACAGAUGUGGGGUCCUGAUCCGAAGUACAAUCCGCGACUGACACUUGCGCUAUCGAAUGCGAAACGAGCCUCCAUUCCAAAGAUUAUUAUCGAAGCCGCAAUUUUACGAGGGCAGGGACUGAGUGUAUCAGGACAAGCACUCGAAAACGUCACAAUUGAGGCUAUGCUACCAGGUUCCGUGGCUGCUGUCGUGGAAUGCCAAACCGAUCAGAAGGCGCGCGUACUCCAAGAUGUCCGCUAUAUGAUCAAAGACAAUGGAGGAAUUGUCACACCAACUACAUAUCUCUUUGAAAAGAAGGGAAGGGUCGCUUUUGAAAAGAAGGACGGUACAAAUCCAGACGACUUCCUUGAUCAGGCCAUCGAAGCUGGUGCGGCGGACAUCACCACAGAUGACAAGGGCCGAUUAGUACUGUUCACUGACCCUUCGGAGACAAAGAGUGUUGGUGAGACUUUUGCUAAGCUAUCUGGUCUCAGUAUUGAGGAGUUGGAAAUCUUCUGGGAUCCUAAUAGGGAUACCAUGGUCGAGGUGCAGGAUGAAGAGCAAGUCAAGGCCCUUGAAGAUCUCUUGGCAGGUUUGCGUGAAGAGCCCAGUGUCCAAGAUAUUUACUUGAAUUCGACGGAGAAGUUUUAG